CGGGUCGCAGUUCGCCGCGUACUUCACAUACGCUGGAGGAUAUCGAGAUCCAGAUGAGGGCAAAUACCACUACCGUCCUCGAGCCAAACGAGACUGGAGCUUUUGACAUCGAAUUGUUCGUCAAGAGCAAGCUCACGGCCUCUAAGUCGACCAAGGACUCCGUCCAGCCGAUGUCGCCGCCAGUCACUAUCGGGACCAAGCAGGUCACUCUUUCCCAGGAUCCAGCAUCUCAGACCGUCGAUAAGGUCGUCUUGAAGGAGAACGAGGAGAAGUUGAAGGCCUUCCUCUGUAUCCCAUUCUCAUCCGGUCCUUCACAGCAGGCAGCUACCGAUGAGCGCCGGAGCAGUCCGUCAUCGGCGGAGUCGCGUCGUACCGUUGAUGAUAGCCCCCAGUCCCGCCCUCUGAGCGCCACUACUCCGCCUACCCAGCACUCGACGUCGCCGCCGUCGCCGAUGAAGGGCGAAUACCUCAAAUACUUCCAUACCUGGGCGCCACAGAUUCCGAACCAGCGCUUCGACCCUCUAGCGUCUGGCUUCUUCCCCGGUUUCUACGAGCCGAUUCUGCAGCACGCGCCGCAGUAUGCUGGCUAUGGUCCUCAGUUUCUCGGCACAGUUGGCCAGUGCUUCUAUAAUGGUCUGUACUACAACGGUGCCAAUCCCCAGUUCUGUGGUCCGCUAGAUCAAGGCUUUGCUCCCCAAUUCAACUACAUCCCGUCCCAUGGCGGCUACACCUGGGCAUCUCCGACCGGGGGCUGAAACGCCUGGGGUUAUGGCGCCUAUUGAGUGAGCCACGUAGCCAGGAGCAAAUCUGGCAGGUAGCAAGAAAGUAAGAGCGAAAGAGAGAGGGCUGCUUUAGUAUCACUGCCUACCCAACAGUGUGCCUAGUCUUCUGUAAAGGACAUGCCUGGAGCAGUCCUGUGUUUUUGGCCAAAUGGCGUGUAAUGGCGGGGGACCGAAGCUUGCGUCGCGACUGACAGCGGGCUACCUGGUAAUAGGGUGCCUUCGCGGGAGUCGAUCUCUUUUUUGUCGCGGACUGGGUUCAAGAUGUAUAUGGCAAUCGGCGGUCUUUUGUUUCGGGCACGCGCAGUUUCCUAGGCGCUUUGAUCGCUCUCAUGGCUGUUAUCAAUACGGGGUAUGGGCGCAAAUUCAUUAUCGGGGAAGAAAUACGCGAGUCUGUUUGACUGUUCGGGUGUGGCGAUGAAAUCCUA